GUUUUCAAAAUUCGUUCCAAUUUCAGUUUAACGAAAUUAUUAUGAUCCCAUUAUUUUCAUCAUAUUCAUUUUGUCGAUUGAAUUCGAAAAUUUUCUACAAUGCUUUUAAUUCAUAUUUUCUAGCAUCAACAUCUGAUUAUAAUCAUCGUAUACAAUGUCGAACGAUUCAUCAGGAUAAUUCAACAACAAAUGAUCAAAAUCAUGAUGAUCAAGACCUGUUGAAUGAAAUAUUUCAGUACAAUCUUUUGGCGGAUUUAUCUCCAAAAAAUGUUGUCGUUAUAAUGCCUCGAAUGAAAAGAGGUGCUCUUUUUAGAAGUCAUGAAAGUGGUCAAGCAUUACUCGAUGAAACGGUCACUUUAGUCAAAACAAUUCCAUAUUGGAAAGUUGCCGGUGCUCAGAUGAUAUCGACCAGUGCAAUCCAUGCGGAAAAAAUUUUUGGAUCAACAAAUCUUGAUCAUAUUAGAGACUAUGUUCGAAAUCAAUCAGCCGAUGCUGUUGUUUUUGCAAUAGAUGUUUUACGACCGAUACAACAUCAUUUCUUUCGAGAUUUUCUCAACGUUCAAGUCUAUGAUCGAUUUUCAACUGUAUUAAAAAUAUUUCGCGAACGAUGUUCUACAAAAGAAGCUAAGUUACAAUUAGCAUUAGCCGAAUUGGAUUAUAUAAAGAAAAAUUUACACCAUAUGCAGGAAUGUGAUUUUAGUCAAUUUUCAAUGUCGAAAAGUUUUGGCGGAAAUUUCGAUACAUUUUAUCAGAUUAAGAAACAGGUAAUUCAAGAACGAGAAUCUCGCUUGAAACGUGCUCUUUCAUCGAUAACGACUGCUUACGAGGUUAAACGAAAACAUCGAACAACAUUGGAGAUACCGACAGUAGCCGUUGUUGGUUACACAAAUUCGGGUAAAACAUCAUUGAUCAAAGCUUUGAGUCAUGAUAAUAGUCUACAACCAGAGGAUCGUCUAUUUGCCACAUUGGAUGUCACUACUCAUUCAAUAACAUUACCAUCCAAAAUGAAAGCCUUAUUAAUCGAUACGAUUGGUUUCAUAUCGGAAAUACCAACAACAUUAGUACAUUGUUUUCGUUCAACAUUACGUGAAAUUUGUACGGCUAAUCUGAUUGUUCAUGUUGUUGAUGCAAGUCAUCCAAAUCGACAUCAACAGAUCGAAACCGUUCAUCAAACAUUGAAAGAAAUUGAAGUACCGGAAAAAUUAUUUCAAACAAUGAUUGAGGUAUCGAAUAAAGUGGAUAAAUUAUCCGAUCCAAUCGAUAUUGAUGGCCUGGCCAUAUCGGCAACCGAAAGAAUCGGCUUAGAUGAACUAACCCGACAAAUUCAAAAAAGUCUAAUUGAAAAUACCGAACGAUUGGCAUUUGAAAUACGAGUUGCUAAUGGUGGUGAACAAUAUCAAUGGUUGUAUCGUGAAGCAUCGGCCAUCGUUGAAAUGAAACCUGAUCCUCAAGAUGCAAAUUUUUUGAUCGUAAAAGUAGUAAUAACCAAAUCUAAAUUUGGUAAAUUUCUUAAAUUAUUUCAUGAUAAUCUUAAUGAUCAAUAUUAAUUAAUUGAUUUACAAUGAUGUCAUCUUGUUAUUU